GAUAAAAAAUCUGGAAUGUGGUUUAGGUCAUGAGAGGCAGGGAAUAUUGGAUUGGUUCAAUCUUGAGUUGGAAUGGCGUUUGAAGACUUUGAUCCUAUCUUCAGUAAACCCAAAGUGAAGUGGGAUUCUGAAAGUUGUUCUUCCUCGUGUCCCUUUUUCCUUCAUGCCUAUGCCCCUGAUUCUUCUCACCUUGUAAUUCAUGUCACCAAUAUCUACGAUGCCUGGGAAACUCGUCUUUCGCUCUCCAUGCUUGAGGACAUUAGGGAUAUUGUUGGUAUAGGGGGCUCUUGGUCAGACUUUGCCGAUUAUUUUCUAACAUCCCUCAAGUCACAAGAUCUUAAGCUGGUUCUAGAGCCAGAUUCAAAUUCUGAUGGUGUUAGUCAUGUGAAAUUAGUAGCUCAGAAAUCAAAAGGGAUGCCUUUGAUCACCAUUCCUCUCACCAAACUUAUGGACUCCGCUGCUAUGGAGGUUAAGUUAAAUUUUUGUUCGAGCCUCUUUGAGGCAUUUGAAAUCAAAAGCACAGAGUGUUCUCUUGAAAAAGUUUCAGAGCGAGAGCACUCUGCUCGGACAAACAUGUUAGCAGCUGAAAAGGAAAGAAAUGAAGCCAUACAACUGGAACAGCGACAAAAGUUUCAAAAGAUUAGCAACUCAGAGAAUGGCGUUUCUACUGAUGGAUUGCAAAACUCUCCAGAUAAGCAAGCAGCUCGGGAUACAGGUGCUACAAAAGUCAAGAAUCGUAAGGUGCCAGCUUAUCGCAGGACUAGAAUAAGAGGGGCCCUCUUACAUGAUAGUGAUGAAUGAGUUAUGUAAUUCAGUUCUCAUUCAAACCAGUUGCUCAGUAGAAAGCGAAAGGAUAAGUAACGAAAGUAGCAUUCCAUUGAAUUUCAGAAAUUUUUGCUGGGCUUGGUAGAUGGGGGAAAUGUGAUGGGAGGAAAAAGACUGGGCCAUAGGGAUCGUGUCAGUGUAUGUUUUCAACUUUUCAUGGUGAAAAGUGAAAGACACCAUCGAAAGAAGAAAAUGCAUUUACUUGUGAGAGUGUUCACAGACAAGAUAAGAUUGUUAGUUAUGUGCCACUUGAUGAUCACGACCACUUAAUCUAGACUAAUCUUACAUUACAGUGGAUGUGCUUGUACAUAUUGCAACUAUUAAUACAUGCAUAAUCUUUUUGGUUUGUGCUUUUAGA